ACCAUGUAUCACAAAUUUCAGAUCUCCAGUAAAGUUUACAGGGCUCUGGAUUUGAAGAUGAAGAUGCUGAUAGCAGUGGCCUUUAGUUGCUUACUAAUUGGUUCUAUAGUGUUACUAUCAUUCUCAAACAACUUCAACAACCGACUUCUUAAUGCUACAACCAAUGAUUCAAAGGAAUCCGAAACACCGAGGGAUAAACUGAUAGGAGGGCUUUUAACAGAGGAUUUCGAGGAAAGUUCUUGCUUGAGUAGGUAUCAAAAAACUUUGUUGUAUCGUAAGCCUUCACCAUACAAGCCUUCUGAAUAUCUUGUCUCUAAGCUAAGAAGCUAUGAGAUGCUUCACAAGCGUUGCGGUCCAGGCACAAAAGCUUACAAGGAAGCAACAGAGAAUCUUGUUCAUGAUGAUGAGGAUAAAGCAAGCAAAUAUGUUGGUGGCGAAUGCAGAUACAUUGUGUGGCUCGCUGGUUACGGGCUUGGAAACAGAAUGCUUACUCUUGCUUCUGCGUUCCUCUACGCUCUCUUGACAGAGAGAAUCAUUCUUGUUGACCAACGCAAAGAUGUUAGUGACAUCUUGUGUGAGCCAUUUCCAGGUACUUCAUGGUUGCUUCCUCUUGACUUUCCAUUGAUGAACUAUACUUAUCGAUUCAACAAGGAAUACCCUCGUUGUUACGGAACGAUGUUGAACAAUCAGGCCAUUAACUCGACUUCAAUCCCGCCGCAUCUAUAUCUUCAUAACCUCCAUGAUUCAAGGGAUGAAGAUAAGAUGUUCUUCUGCGAAAAGGAUCAAAGUUUGAUCAACAAAGUCCCUUGGUUGGUUUUUCAAGCCAAUGUCUACUUUGCUCCAUCACUAUGGUUUAAUCCAACUUUCCUACCCGAACUAACCAAGCUAUUCCCACAGAAAGAUACCGUCUUUCACCAUUUGGCUCGGUAUCUUUUUCACCCCACGAAUCAAGUUUGGGGUAUGGUCACUAGGUACUACCAAGCUCACUUAUCAAGAGCAGACGAGACACUCGGAAUUCAAAUACGUGUUUUCAGAAAAGACGCUGGAUAUUUUCAACACGUCAUGGACCAGAUCGUAUCCUGUACACAAAGAGAGAAACUGCUACCUGAAUUAGCUACACAAGAAGAAUCAAAAGUCAACAUAUCAAAUAUCCAGAAGCUUAAAGCGGUUAUUGUCACCUCUCUGUAUCCAGAGUACUCUGACAACUUGAAGAACAUGUUUUGGGAGCGACCAAGUUCGACGGGAGAAAUUAUUGACGUUGCUCAGCCAAGUGGAGAAAGGUUUCAGCAAACAGACAAGAAGAUUCACGACCAAAAGGCGCUAGCUGAGAUGUAUCUUCUGAGCUUAACCGAUAACAUUGUCACAAGCGCGAGGUCUACAUUUGGAUAUGUUUCUUAUAGUCUUGGAGGGUUAAAGCCAUGGUUACUUUAUCAGCCAACUGGUGAAAUAACUCCUGAUCCGGCGUGUGUUCGAUCUACGUCGAUGGAGCCUUGUUACCUUACUCCUCCGUCUCAUGGAUGUGAAGCUGACUGGGGAAAAAACUCCGGGAAGAUUGUUCCCUUUCUUAAGCAUUGUGAGGAUAUUAUGUAUGGAGGGCUCAAGCUAUAUGAUGAAGUCUAG